AUGGCUGAACGACAUCCGUUACACACAUGGUCGUCACUUCCUCGAGUGUUGCUCGCCCUCACUCUCACUCUGUCUCAUCUCAGUUAUACUGUUGCUCAGCCUGCCAGUAUCGACUUUCAGGAUUGUUUCAACGGCAACAUCUCGCAGAAACUCAACGUUUCUAAUGUCUAUGCUCAGGUCUUGCAAGGCUCCUCUGGCGGAAAGCACCUGAACUUGACUGUAUUGGGGCAAAAUCCUGCGACGAUCGUUCUCUCGUCUAGUCAGGAGAAUCUCGCCACGACUUUGUUUACCACCACCGAGAUGUUGACCUUCAAUGUGUGGAACAAUAAUUCGUACUUUUGCGAGAAAUUGCGUCCGCCAUCUUCUAACCCCCCAUCUUCCACUCCUGGGUACUGUCCAUUUCCCGCGGGUCCCUUCGCAUUUUCUACUUCAGUGAACUUGCCCUCCAACUAUGAGUUGGUGACCUUUGAUACGCAGCUCCGGGCGUUAGACCCAUACCAACACGAACUUCUUUGCUUGAACUUGAACACGACAGUCCUCCACCCUGGCUUGACAGGUUCUGUCUACGGUCGCGCACACAUUAUCUUCUGGGUAACAGUCAGUCUGGCAAUAGCUUAUUGGGUCGUGGUUGGUUUGGCUCGGCUCGUUGCGGCAUGGGGUCGAGGUUUCACCAGAAACGGUGCCGGGAUCUGGGCAAGAGUGGAGAGCGUUGGUUUCAUGCUUGCGAGUGCAAUCAGUGGCGAACGCCUUGCCAAUUCUCCUGCCCUUAUGCGGUUUUGCACUCCAUCAUUACGGGAUAUCAUAUUUCAUACACAGUGGUGUGCGGCACUAGCAAUGGUAGCUGUUCAGUGGCCUGAGUUUGUCUAUCCCUUGCUAUCUCAAACUGCUUGGUCUACCUUAACCUACAAUAUCUCUCUGUCUCAAGGCUCUGAAGGAGAUGCUCAGCGUUGGAAUCCGCUCACAGUUCUCCCUUUCGACCCACCAUCUGAUUACGCGGACCAACUGAACAAUGCGUCUUCAGAAAUCUUCAUUGACGCCGAUGCGCCCAAUUUACUGUUCCAAUUACCGGUGGAUGCGACGCAUGGAAUUUCGUCAUUUGCUUGGGCCGUUGGCAUUCGCCCGCAAGAUCUGUUUGGCAUGUGUCUCACACUGUUCCUCGCCAUCAUUGCUGCUGCAAUCAUUCUCAGCCUAGUUGUAUGGGCUUUAGACCUGCUUGUCUCGUCCAUAAUCAGAGGGCCAAGCAAUGCAACAAUGUUAGCAGGCUCACGCAGUCCUCGUUACUCAUCAGCGAGUAAGGACAUGCUAGAUGCUGGUGCACUACAAUUUCCAGACGAAAACAGGUCACUGAACGGAAAUUUUCUUUUUCGCGCUGCUUCAAGAUUCCCUGGUAGACCAUCUUGGAGAUUGCAAAAAAACUUUGCUUCCUACCAUGGCAGCGUCUUGCAAGGAAAUCUGGUCAGGAUUGUUAUCCUGUUCCACCUCCCUGUUACUAUCUUUUCGUGCUACCAGAUGACGUUAGGGCGCCCUCGAGCGUCUCUCUCGUCCAUUGUUCUUGCAGCAUUGUCGUUCGCUGUAUUCUCCGUUCUACUUCCCGCGUUCUUCAUCUUCAGGUUGAAAUUCACGAGCACCACCAAACUGUACGAUGAAACGUGGACUCUGCUUUCGCUUGGCCCGCUCUACAAUCAUUACAGGCAUGGCUCACAGCUAUUCGCAUGUCUGCUUUUUGCCACCAAUAUCGCGUUUGGUGUCACCAUAGGAUGCGGCCAGAAGAGCGGCACUGCGCAGGCAAUCAUUAUCUUGGUCGUUGAGGUGUUCUCUGCCCUUGGAACUAGCGUCUGGCUACCGUGGGGGCAAGGCGCUAGUAUGGGUUUGAUCAGCUUCCUGUUCUGUGUCGCACGAAUUGUGAUCGCAGUAUUACUAGUGAUUUUGACACCCACUGUCUCCAUUAACUCCGGUGCGGCUCAGUGGGUCGCGUAUGCCAUCCUGUGCAUCCUCGGCCUUGUGUACCUCUCCUUCUAUCUCAUGCUCAUUGUGAAGCUUAUCGAAGCCACUGUACGAAUAUUUGGCGGCAUCGGCUUCAACCACAGCAAGCAUGUCGUGGAUAGCGGGCUGCUUGGUACUUUGGGUCUGUUGGGAUGUUGCGGCUCGCGCAAGCCUAGUCGCAGGGGUCGUGGGCGAUACACAUCGUCGCAUACUGGGAAGCAGCCGUCUUCAACUCUUCCUUUAACGAGACCAGCAGUACCGUUCAAGGACGCUACCCCCACACCGUCGGCGUCGAAUCCACCAUCGGUGCUACGGCCAGAACAUGCCUUGCAGCCAUACAAGGAAGACAGCGACGACGAAACCGGAUACAUCAUGGGCGCCUGGCAGCCAUUCCCUGGUCCUGGCUACAGUCAUUUGGACGGCGCAUCACACACGCCUCCAGAGCCCCAAAAAUCUGGUUUUGCGAGGGUUGGCGGAGGCCGGGCUCAUAUCGACUCUCCAUACGCCAUCGCGUCGGGAUCCACCCAUACCUUCCCUUCAGUCGAGCGAAACGUGCCGACCAGCAAUCUCGCACACACUCCAUCGCCCGUCGAAUAUUCCCCACCACCAACGCCGUCCGUCGGAAGCGUCACGAAACAUGCCGACCUCAAUCUGCCCCCAGGAGCCAUGCCUCCCGCCCACAUCCGCACGAAGUCUCAGACGGCCAUCAUUGAGGACGCGUCCGCACUGAACUUGCGUUCUGCAGCGGAGGGUUCGUUCCGGAGCAAUGCGGUCGUGGAUACGACAGAGGAUGGCUUCGAUGUCUCUCAGCGGAAGAAGAGGCACUGGUACAACCGACGAAAAAGCCGUCGCAUGAGCGAGGGCGAUUUGUUGACGAGCUCUGCUGCGGGUCAGGAUGUGAGCCGUUCUUUCGUCGUUGUGAGGAAGCAGAGGCCCGGUAUUCCACCCAGGGAAGCAUCGGGGUCUGGAAGCGGUGGCGGCAGGGCACCAGAGGAUGGACGUAGGUCUUUCACCGUGCACCGGGGUAGCAAUCCAAUAUGA